AUGUCAGUAAACUAUAUUAAAUCAAAAGUUUCACCAACGAUAGCGACAAAAGCUACGCCCACAAUUACAACUAGAAAUCGCAAAUUUUCACCAAAAACCAAAAAUUUCAAAGACGAGUUUUCUUUAGAUUAUAUCAAUUAUGAUCAUAUAGAAGCAUUCAAAAAUGCUUUAGAAGAAGAUCCUGAUAAAGAUCCAAAUGAACAUAUUAGUGAACGAAGAAAAUUACGUGAACAACUUCGUAAAUCAACAACAUAUAAUGAAUGGAUUGAUGCUGCACAAAAACUGGAUUUUUAUUUCAAAUAUAAUGAAUGGAAAGAUGAAAUACCUUUCGGCUAUUAUGACUUUAAUCUUUUACAAAAAGUUAAUCGUGAUUUGAGAACUAUACGUGACAACCCAAAUGAAAAUCCACAAUUGUUAAAAAGUGUUCUUCAAAAUUGUGUAAAAAAUAAUUUUGCCGGUGUUGAAAAUUCUAGAUUAUAUUCUCAAACUUAUUAUGGAACAAAAAAAAUUGUCGAAGAUCAUAUUGAUGAAGUGACGGCAUCAUUAGAAUAUAUUAGGACAACUAAAAAUUUAUCAUUAGAAGAUAAACAAAAGUUAUUUAGAAAUGCAAAAAAAAAUUAUGGUCAAACAGCUUUAUGUCUUAGUGGUGGUGCUUGUUUUGGCUAUUAUCAUCUUGGUGUUGUUAAGGCUCUUUUUGAAGCUGGUCUUCUGCCAACAGUGAUCACUGGUACCAGUGCUGGUGGUUUAAUUGCUGCAUUAAUUUGUACAAGAACCGAUGAUGAAUUACAUCAAGUCUUAAAACCUGAAUUAAGUCAAAAACUUACAGCAUGUGAAGAACCUUUUCCUAAUUGGUUGUACAGAUGGUGGAGAUCUGGUGCUAGGUUUGAUGCCGUUGAUUGGGCAAAAAAAACUCAAUGGAUCACGAAAGGUAGUUUAACUUUUAGAGAAGCUUAUCGACGAACCGGAAGAAUACUCAAUAUUUCAGUUAUCCCUUUUGAUCCACAUUCUCCUCCAAAAGUAUUAAACUAUAUUACUGCUCCUGAUUGUGUUAUUUGGUCUGCCGUGAUUGCAAGUGCUGCAGUACCUGGAAUUCUUAAUCCAGUUGUUUUAAUGCAAAAAUUAAAAGAUGGUACUUUGGUACCUUACAAUUAUGGUAAUCGGUGGAAGGAUGGAUCAUUACGUACUGACAUACCAAUUGAACCACUUAAUAUGCAUUUCAAUGUUAAAAACCCUAUAGUUUCACAAGUGAAUCCACAUAUUCAUUUAUUUUUUUAUGCGCCAAGGGGUUCAAUAGGUAGACCUGUUACUCAUCGUCAUGGUAGGGGCUGGAGAGGUGGUUUUCUUGCAGCAGGCGUUGAACAAUACUUGAAAUUGGACCUGAGUAAAUGGUUGAAAUGGGUUAGAGAUCUAGAACUACUACCAAAAGUCGCCGAUCAAGACUGGAGCUCAAUUUGGCUACAAAGAUUUGAUGCAAAUAUUACUAUUUGGCCAAAAUCUAGCAUUUGGGAUUUCUUAUACCUUCUUGCAGAUCCUGAUUAUGAACGACUUGAUCGAAUGAUUACAACCGGUCAAAGAGUCACUUGGCCUAAACUUCAUAUGAUCUCUAAUCGGUUAAGAAUUGAACGUGCAAUUCAGAAAGGUAGACAAUCAGUUAGGCGUGAACUAAAUAAACAACUCAAGAAUCGUCAAUCAUCUAAUGAUAAUUAUGACGCUAUUAUUGAUAAAGAUGAAGGCUCUAAUAUUGUCAAUGGUAAAACUUUUGUUACUGACAACUAUGAUGAUGUUAAUAAUAGCGAUAGUAUUAGCAAAAAGAGUUUUAAUGACAAUAGUAGUGGAAGUGAUGAAUUAGAUCUUUCUAGUGGUCAUUACGAAUCAACAAAUAGUUUUGACACUAAUAGUAGUACUGAUAGUGGUGAUAGUGAUUAUAAUUCAAAAAAAUUAUCACCGUCAUACUAUGAUACAUUUUAUCGAAAUAACAAAUCAUUAUCUUCUUCUGAAGAUGAUGAAUAUGAUGGAUUAGUAACACCUGAAGAUGACUUUCAAUGA